UAGCUGAAAACGGGCUGCAAGCAAAAGCGGGAGCGAUCACCGCGUGGGGUACCCGCCGCAACGGAUCAACUCACACGCAGCGCCCGCGGCAGCCUCCGGAGGCUGCCAAGACAUCUGCAUUGCUACGCUGCCCCAAAGGGUGUCGUGGGCAGCCUCGUGAAGCAUGGGCGCGGGCGUGUCGACGGAAGACAGCGAUGAGGAACAGCCGCAUCUGUCCCCCAAAGGCGUCAAAAAUCCACCGACGGCAAGCAAACCGUGGGUGGAGUUGAACGAUCCGGGCAACGUGAUGAUGACGCUCGGGCGCCGGCGCGUCGAAUGGUCCGUCCGCAUGGGCGUCAUCUACUGCGCCACGAUGCUCUACGCCGUCUCGGAUCACGUUUCAUCAACAACCGUGUUCGGCACGUGGCCCAUCCUGGCGAACUUUUACGGUACGUUCGCCAUCGCCUCGAGCGUGGGCGGCGCGGUGACCGGCUGCAUUGAGAUGGCGCGCGGCUGCACUAUCGGCACGUUGCUCGCCAUCGCGACGGUAGAGGUCACUGUCGCGGCGGAUGCUGACCUGAACAACUUGGCGCAAUCGACGGGACUCCUCUCGGGUAUCCUCGGCGCGCUCUUCGUCGCGGUGACGAUCACGCCUAUUUUGACGAAAUCUGAGAAGCAGAUGUUGCUCGACGCUGUGUCGAAAUCAACCUCCACGCCAUCGACGCGACGUUUUCUUUCGAGAUUUCACCUUUGAUUUAUAUAUAGGCUGUUCUGCCUCGUAUCCGGCAGCUACAACGGCCUCGCGCGGUUGCGCAGCCGCCAUGAACCAGUCGCAGGGACGCUCGCCGCGCGCUACGACGUAUGGUACCAUCCGUUUCUGGAGCUCGUCUCGUCGCUGAUGGGCAUGGCCAUCGGCCUCGUUUUUGUUAUACUUCCGUACGGCAUGUACGCGGUCCACGAGCUCCGAGCGCGCAUGGCCUACCAGGCUCGCGCCAUAUCCGUGCUCGCGCGCACGCAACACGUCAUUGCGCAAACGAACAGCGACGCCGCGAUCGCGCAGUCCGCGCAAAUCACCGAGACGUUGCGCAGCAACGCGCUGCACAUGCACGAUCUGCGGCGCAACGCGAUGCUCGAGGUUUUCUGGUCCCCGACGCAAAUUCAUCUCCUACGUAACACCUUUGAACACCUCGACCGCCAACUGCCGAUGCUUCUUUCGAAGAGCAUAGCCGUCGACAAAAGUCGGGGGGGGCAAAGCGUCGACGACCAACCGGACCAGGUUGCCUUUCUGGAGCUCAUGGACCCAAGCUGGGACGCCCUGGAGCUAGCAGUUACCUCGGUGAACGACGAGAUGAUCCUUUCGGAGAUGGAGCGCCGCGAACCGAGCGACGCAUGCUGGAGCGAGCUUGAUAGUUGCAUCCAGAACUUCGGCGAAAAAGUCCAGCUUGCGCGCCGUCAGGUGUGCUACACGCAGGACUGUGGACCACCGACCGCCGAAUCCAUCGAGCGCCACACGCGUCGCAUGGCCCAUCUCUUCUUCGUGGAGCAGCACGCGCGCACGGUGCUGGCGCAGCGUCCGGUACACCGGCAGCCCGUCCUCGAGUGGACGUGUGCGGGUGUCGCCACGUUCAUUGUCCAGACGGUGUGCACCCUCGAUACGGGCGGCGGCCGCGCGUGGCGCCGGCCCAACGCGUCAGAGGUCGUCCGCGCGGUCAAGCUGAGCAUGGCGCUGAUCGUGUGCAUGCUUUUCGAGGUGGUCGACGAGCUGCGCGACUCACAUCUGAUGGAGAGGCAGGGCGCGACGAUGCUCUUCACCGUCAUCUUCGUGCAGUGCAACUCGGUGGGCUCGUCAAAGCGUAUCACGUCGCAGCGUGUCUACGGCACGUUGCUCGGCGCCGUGUACGCCAUGAUGCUGUUGGGUCUCAUUGCCGACGUCUGCGACACAGAAAUGUGUAGUAACACGAUCCUCGUCGUCGGCCUGACCGUUUGGGGUGCCAUCUGCGGGCCGUUCCUCAUCGCGAGUGCGACCUCGGCCGACUACCAGUCGUACGUCGCGUGUUUGUUCGCGCCUGUGUGGAAAUCAAAUUUCGGCCACCCCAUCGGCUCGAUGGCGUGGAGGACAACCUAACUCACUGGUUAAUUUCCACACAGCACCGCGCCGAUCAUCGCGCACGGGUUCGGGCCCGAGCAGCGCCACAGCUCCGUCGCCAACCGCGCGCUUGCGUCCGUCCUCGGUGUGUGCGUCUUUUACGUAUGUGAAAAUUCAUUUGGGCGAACUUCCGCUCGUGUCAACGAGUGGGUCGCACAGCGUUCGAUCCUGCACCACUUGCGCGACGCGCUGGAGUACGUGACCAAGCCAAUGAAUGAGACCGACGUCACCAGCGACCAGCUCGGCGCUCCAGGAAGCCGUGGGAUCUCCCAGCGGUGGUGGCAACGGCCUACGCCACUGACGGAGCGUCGGCGGCUCGACGUCCAGCCCUAUGCCGACGGUGCGAAGCCUGGCCUGGACGCCGUCGCAUAUCAGUUGAGCAUGCUGUCGAUCGCCAACGCGGAACAAGACCUCGACAAGCCACCCUUCCCGCUGUACGCAUACCGCGAAAUUUUACUGAUCGAGCGGCGUGUUCUAGAAAUGUGUGUUUCGCUACGCAUCGCGUGGGCGACGGCGCGUCAUGCGCGCUUGGACAUUGGCGCAGCUGGCCGGCGCGCGACGGUCCUCAAGCGCGUCGCGGCCAUGAUGCGGCGGGAGGCGGCGCGGGCCGGGCUGCGGGCCUGGCGCGAGAAGGCACUACAAAGCGUUCGCAUCGAGGACCGGGCCUCGGCGCUGCGGCGGCGUGGGGUCGCUCGCACAAUCAGCCAAGGAACAUCGCAAAGUCCGGAAUCCAAGUCCUUGAUGGACACAUUGACGAAGGCAGCAAAGGGCAACCCUGACCAACUUAAGGCCUGGCUUCCCACCUUUGAAUCGGCGAUCGUGACCGCCCUGCACGAAUGGGCGAAGAAAACAAGUGAGGUCGGCGACAAUUGGGGUGGAUUCGUCUUCGCGAAAACACACGACGCAGAGGACGACUGCAGCAACGUCGUGCUGCCGCUGCUUGCUGAGCACCGCGCCCACGAGACGGACGGUCAGAUGGUGACCAUCGCCUGGCAAAAAGAGCUGCACCGGCUGUUUACGUGCGAGUCGACGGAGCAGCUAGAAUUGCCACCAGCCAUCGCCGCAGGUGCGUCGACGCUCAAGCUCGUGCACGAUAAGAUGACCCCUCAACUCUAUCAGUUGGGUGUGCGCCUACGUGAUCUGCGCUUCAGGACUGGCCCUACCAUGGCUCGCGUUGCCAGGAUCAGUGACUUUGCGUAAUG